AUGAGGGUCUCGCAGUCUGAGAUUGGCGUUGAAGAUGAGCGGCUCCCACGAUCGGGCGGCUGUGGCUUACCGUACGGUACGGUAGUGCUUCCGCUCUUAGGCUCUGCCAUCCCAGAAGCCUGGCUCAAUGACAUUGACAACGGUGGAUGGAUGUACUACAGCUAG